AUGUCUUCCAAAUGGUAUCAUAAAUGGGCCUGGUAUGAGCGAGACACUCCUCAUGCGGAGAAGAAGCUGUUGUUCAAGCUGGACAUCACCAUCUUGACCUUUGGCUGUCUGACCUUCUUCACAAAGUUCCUCGAUCUGCAAGCAUUCCAGAAUGCCUAUGUCACCGGCAUGAAAGAAGACGUGGGCAUGCAGGGCAACGACCUGCAGUAUACCACCGGUGUCUUCCAGGCUGGAUACUGUUCCAUGAUGAUUCCGGCCAACAUCCUGCUCACUCGAGUGGCACCCAAUCUCUUCAUCCCUGCCUGCGAGGUCCUCUGGGGCAUCUUGACUCUCUGCACAGCCUUUGUCGACAAUGUCAGCCAUGUCUACCUCAUCCGGCUCUUCAGCGGUGUCUUUGAAUGUGUCGCCUAUCCUGGCGUCAUCUAUUGCAUUGGCUGCUGGUAUAAACGAUCGGAAGUCUCGCGUCGUCUCUCUCUGUUCUACAUUGCCGGUCCGCUGGGCACCAUGUUUGCUGGCUAUUUCCAGUCUGCGUGCUAUACCAACCUCAAUGGAAAGCAGGGUCUGGCUGGUUGGCGAUGGCUGUUUAUCAUAUGCGCCGUCAUCACCAUCCCCGUCGCCAUCUUCGGUGCCUUUACCUUCCCUGCUCGCCCUGACUCCCCCCGUCCCAGUCUGAUUCUUACCGCCGAAGAAGUCAGCCUCGCUCGUCAACGACUGGAAAGCGAUGGAAAUGAGCCGCCCAAGCUGCGUCUCACCAAAGAGGUCUUUGGGAAGAUUGCUCAAUCCUGGCGCCCGUACGCAUUCGUGCUGCUGUAUAUCGUCUUCAACCAGGCGAUGAUCACGAAUGGCCAACCAUUCAGUCUCUAUCUCAAGGCCCACAGCGACAUUUACACCGAAAGCGACAUCAACACGUAUCCCACUGGCCAGAGUGCGGUCUCUAUCGUAGCUGCCCUCAUCUUCUGCUACUGGGCUGAUGUCUCUGGGAAGCGAUGGCUUCCUUCUAUCGUUCUCUGCAUCGGCAUGACCUUUGGGGCCAUCUGCAUGGCUGUCUGGUAUAUCCCCGUCGGCCUCAAGUUCUUUGCUUUCUACGUCGCUGGUCUGGGAGGUGCAUUGAAUCCGCUCUUUAUGAGCUGGGCUUCGGAAGCGACCGUCAAAUCUGCCGAAGAACGGGCCGUGACGAUAUCCAGCAUGAAUGCCUUUGGACAGGCGCUGCUGGCUGGUCUGAACAUCGUCACCUUUCCCACUCCCAAAGCCCCUCGAUUUGAAUUCGGCUGGUACUGGGUCAUGGCCAACAAUAUCUUACAGGCAGUGCUGGUUCUGGGGAUUAUGGCGCUUCAUGACCGACAGAAGCGUGGGGAGAUGCCGGUCAUCGAUGGUGAGAUUGUCGAGAGGCCGGAUAUUCUGAAGAAGGAUGAUGAUUCUGUCAAGAUGUCCAAGUAGUAUUUUGCUCUGCUAGCUUCUGUUUGAUUGUUCUUUUAUUCCGGUAUUCUAUCGAUUAGAUCAAUCCAAAUUAAUCUACAAAGGCUUUCCUCCAACUUCAUCCAGCACAUAUGGCUUUCCAUCCACCUUGGUCCACACAUCGUCCGACUUGAUAUUCCAGUAAUAUGCGUGCAAUUGGGGAUGUUUUUCCGUCCACGAUUUGCUAAACAC